AUGCGGGCCAAGCGUUCGAAGAAGUAUCGUAAGCUGAUGCAUCAGUAUGAGCUUACUUUCGGUUUCCGUGAGCCAUACCAGGUGUUGGUGGAUGCGAAUUUCCUGCGAGCUGUCGACUCGUUCAAAAUGGAUCUAAUCCCGGCUCUUGAAAGAACUCUCCAGGGCAAAGUGAAGCCAUUACUCACCAAAUGUUCCCUCGCUGCGGUCAUGGCCUCGCAGCCAAUCAAUCCGAAAACCAGCCAGCCCUAUCGCCCACAUCAUCUCCCUCCGCCGACAACAUUACCGCUCCGCCAUUGCUCUCAUAACGAGGAUUCCUCGCCCAUCCCCGAAGCAGACUGUCUUCUUUCACUCCUAUCCCCCAGUCCAGAUGCCAAGAAGAAUAAGGAACAUUACAUUCUCGCGACAGCGGAUCCGCCCAUUCAAAAGAAGAGCCCCCAAAACGACUUCCAGCAGCGGAAACGGAAACGCGACGAUGAACGUGAAGAACAGCAGGCCAUGCGCCGUGCCCAGGCGUUGCGCUUUGGUGCGCGCUCGAUCCCAGGCGUGCCCAUUGUGUAUGUCAAGCGGUCGGUUAUGGUUCUCGAACCCAUGAGCACGCCGUCUGAUAUGGUGAGAGAGGGCGUGGAGAAGAGCAAGUUCCGUGCUGGGUUGAAUGAGAAAUCCGCGCCGGUGAAGCGGAGGCAGGAAGGCGAGAGCAGUACGGGCAUAGAGGACAAGAAGAAGCGCGGGCCCAAGAAGGUGAAGGCUCCUAAUCCGCUGAGUAUGAAGAAGCCGAAAAAGAGGAACGAUGAGAAGAGCCCAGCAUCCGCGCCAAAGCAGGCCGCUGAUGCUCCACGAGAACCAGCUGAUGUCUCGGAGAAACCAGACGGGGAUAACUCGGCUGGACCUAAGCCCAAACGAAGACGCCGUCACAAUAAGAGUGGUCCUCGCGAAGGCAACGAGGAAAGCGAGCAACCAAAUGCUGGCGCCAUGGAGGUGGACGCAUAA